CUCUACUGCUCUACAUUAUUUUUGUGAUCUAACCUCAAAAUAAAUCUUAUUGAGCGAAAGUAACCAAAAAGUCCUUUAUUAUAUUACCAAUAAAUUAAAAUCUCAAAAAUGUUUAGUCAAAUGAAUUGCCCAGAUUUUUUAGAAUUCCAAGAUAUCCUGAAAAAAAUGCGUGUCAUGGACGAUAAGAUAGUGUACGCUCUUAAUACUUCUAUACCGACAGAGUCAUUCGCAAAUAAAGUUGACGCUCACUCUGCUUGUGAAGAUUUGUACUCUCAAAUUCAAAAAGGGCACUCAGACAGAGAAAAUGUUAUAAAAAAUUGUAUCUUAGUAACAGCAGAAACAGUAAAACAGUUAAAGGUGGCUAAAGAUGAAAAACCAAACGACUUUGAAGUACUGAAAAACUUAAAAGCCGAACAAAAAAAGCUGAGACUUUUGCAGACAGAACUUAGUGUGGAAGAAGUCAUUAAAGAGAAGACAACAAAAGUUUUUACAGAGAAAUGUAGAAGUUAUUACAAACCCAACAACUUAUGAAGACUGAUGACAUGCAUUUUAAUUAACCUUGAUUUGGAAUUUAGUGUAUAUAUGGUUAUAAAUAGAACAAUAUAGACUGUU